GAUCCUUCGGUUGACGUCGCCUUAAAAUCAGUAGGCGAACUGUUCGCAAAGCAUCGGAAUGAACUUAAGAGAUGCAGUCAUUUGAACCAAUCGUGCCACAGCGUCGUUGCGAUGUGUUCAUUUUUUCCAACCACAAGUUAGGCGUCGUAGCUGAUCUUAACCUUUUCAAGAAAUAAUCAGCUUGCGACUUUUUCUCGACGACGUUUGCGCUGAACGUUCAUUUGCACCUCUGCUGAUAAGUGGAAACGGCUAAAGCGCUUUCGAUAGAUGAAAUCGGAUAAUUGGAGAAAAUGUGAGCUGAAGCUUUUGUGUUGUGAACAUCUUUAAACUACUUGUGUGAUUAUUUAUUUUAAAUGCUUCUUCUUAUUUGAAAUUGUCUAGUCAGUUUAAUUGUCUUUUGAAAAGAAAAAUAAAGGGGGGUUUAAGAUGCUUUCUGUUAAAAUCGGGACUUGCAACCAAAAGUGUUUCGUGAAAUAAAGAUUUGAAAUUUAUUAAAAGGUUUAAAAAAAAAAAUAUAUGUAAAUAUUCUUUUUUUUUAGAGCAUUAGAAAUCCAUGGUCCAUGUGUUUUCGAUCUAAAAUUGCUAUCGAUAGUUAGGUCUAAACUUAACAUCAUUAUGGGUCUAUUUUCCUUUAAUUUAAGUCACUUUUCAAUGCUAAAUUUCUGACAGGAGAUACCCAGCUGUCCACUACAAAGUUCUUAUCGAUUUCUUCCACGAAAUUUUUCAAAAUUUCACGCCGCUAACGGAUCUACCAUUUUGCGCAUGAUUUAACCAGCGAAUUUUGAUUAUUUUAUCGGUGGUCAGCUUUUUCAUCCGUAAGAUACGCCAGCACUAAAUUUUACUUCGGAAGUCCGGACUUCCGACUUCCAAAAGACUUCCGACGAAGAAAAGUGAAGUACUAGAUUGUCGGAAGUCUGUGUUUUGUUGCCAGUUCACCAGCGACGUUUCUAAAAUUUUUAUUGAAAUUCACGAUAUUUGGUCUGGUUUUUGUUUGUUUGCUGAAUCAGACAGAAAAAUUUACUUGCUUUACCACUUCUCCAAUUGAAAGGUUCAGGUGGCGCUUUGUUAAACCCCUCACUUUGCAUACCUUCAUGAAAUUAAUCAUUCUUACUUUUAUUUAAAUUUUAGCUCACUGUUAGAUCCUUCUAGACUUCUAGAACGAUUUUAACAUUCAAUUGAAGUAAACUUUUGUUGCAUCACUCAAAGAAAACAUUGAUUUCGUUUUGAAAUGUUUCAACAUCUUCGGUUGUUUUUAUUUUCAGAAAUAGUUUAAUAUCAUCGGCGUAUAUUAGGUAUUCAAUCCGUUUUAGAAUAAACGAAAUGUCAUUAACGAACAGUAUGAAAAGGAGAGAUCCUAAAUGAGACCCCUAAGGCACACCAGAGGUUACAACUACAGAUUUGGAUAAUUCGUUUUGGACACGAGGAUUUGUGUUCGAUCGGUUAAGUAUAUGAUUGUAACCAAGAGAGGAGAUUUGAAUGAAAGCCAUUUUUUUUUUAAAUUGAAGAUUAAGGAGUAUGUCAAUGCGAUCAAAGGCUUUGCUAAAGUCGGUAUAAACAGCCUCAACAUGAAUGCCUUUGCUCAUAGAACUGAUGACAUAUUUAACGAAUUCGAUAAGAUCUGAUGCUGCAGAGCGUCCUUCGAAGAAACCGUGUUGUUUACUCGUUAUAAUAUUUUUUACUUGUUGAUAAUUUUUUUCAUUUGUUAGUGAUUCAAAAAGUUUGGGGAUGCAAGACAAAAUAGCUAUUCUUCGAUAAUUUCGUAUAUCUGAUUUUUUUUUCGGAUUUGAAAUUUUAAAUUGGAUUUUUGGAAUUGGAAAAGAUUUUUUUCCAAAAUUUUGGUACUUUUCUAUAAUUUAAAGACAUAUUAAAAUGAAUCAGAAGAAGUUCAGUCAAUUCGGUCGCCAAAUUUUUAAGGAAACAUGGGGGAGGUCCAACAGGCCCUGCUCCUUUAGAGGCAUCAAGUUUUCUAAGUCCUUCGAAAACAUUAUUGUAAUCAAUUUCAUUGACUUGAAUGUCACACUCUAAAUCUGGAAUGACUGAAAAGUAUUCUCUAUCUCGGUCAAUCUCAGUAAAAGAAGUGUACACUUCUUGAAGAAAGUUGCAAAUAAGUUAGAAAUUUCCAGUGGAUUAUUCCCAAUGUUUCCGUCUAGUGUCAACUGAGUAGGAAAGUUUGAAUUUUUCAUCUGCGUUCUAGUAUAGCCAUAGAACGCUUUUGGGUUUUGUUUAAUUUCUUUUUCAUUUUUCUGAUUGUAUUUUUCAAAAGAACUUUUCAUACAUACAUGAAUUGAGCUGGUUGCAUAAAUUUAUAUAAUUUUGAUGAUUUGUAACACUUCUAUCACUUCUGUAGACUUUAUGAGCUUUUUGCUUCCUAUUUUGUAAGUAUUUCAAUUCUUUGUUAUACCAGACAGGUUGUUUAGAGCUGUAGAACCGUCUUUUAAAUUUUGAAGGUACAUAACUGUUUAUUAGCUAAAUCAUUAUGUUAUUAAAGGUUUCAUCUGUUGUAUCAACAUUUCCUUCAUGCUUCAAUAUACUUGACCACUCUAUAUUAAUGAGUUCUAGUUUCAAAAGUCCGAAGUUCAAAUUAUGAUAGUCUGGCAUCUCCUCACCACAUCUUCACCACACCACAUUUAUCACAUGAGUUUGACCGCAUAGUUGAUUUCCAGCUGUUUUAAGUCUCUCAAUGGGAUUGUCGGUUCAGUUUUCACGCACACGUCAUUCUAUGUUUGUCGAUUGUUUAUUAUCCGGCUCAAAGGACCACAAUGGUAACUUAGGACCUCUGAUUUGGAAUACCUCCGACUUAGGUUGUUGAACGGGGAAAAAAGUCGAAUGAAUUUGGCACUCUUUGACUCUUUGUCCAUGAUAUUUAGACGCAAAUGAACUACUGUUCCAUGAAAAGUACACACCUCACAUUUGUGUUGAAAAUUGUUCACGCAGAUUCCUAGACCGGUAAGUAGCGCAUCGCACUGCAUUUCAAUCUUAACCGGUGAACCCCCUUAAUAAUAUUUGAUUCAUAAUAGCUACGAGACGCACUGCGAUAUGGUAAAUGUUUCCGAAACGCGUUUCUCUCUAAAAACUACCAAUUUAUUAACAGAGCAGUGGGCGAUUGCUCGCCUGCUUUGAUGUGCUCGCAUCGAGAGAUGAUUAUUUCUAUAGAAGACAGAACUGCGAUUAAAAUAUUGUGAGCUUUAUGAACUUCAUGGAGGUUGCCGGCGGCAGUGGUACAACUAUUCCAAAGGGAUUAUUGUCAAAUCUAAAAAGAAUCCAAAUUCAAAAGUAUAACACUGUUGAUGUUAUUUUUUUGGUUAGAAAAGAGAUCAAAAUCUUGCAAAUUAAUUUUUUUUAUCUCAAAUGUUUAAGCCGUUAAAAUAUUGUUUGAGGUAAUUACCAAAAUUCACCAACGAGUGCACCUUACAGCUUUUAAAUUGCAUAACAUUCCAUUUCGAAGACACAGUUAAAACACUGAAGGUGUUACCUACUGUUUAUCACAUAAAUUCCUCAGAAAGUUCUUGCAACUGAUCUAGUGAUUUUAAAAGAAUGAUAACUUAAAAUUAUUGUCAAACAUUCAAAGGAAUAAUUGAUUUUUUGAUUUAUCAUAUCGAUUGCCAUGCGAGAAAAAAAAGUAUAUCAACAGUGUUAAACUUCGAAACCAUGACUGACCAACAACUGAUCGAUGGACUUCGGGAGUCCCACUUCAUCAACUUACUUGGGGUUAUUCCGAUCUCAUUGCUAUUACAUCAUAUUUUAAGCUCUACAUAAUGGGAGAUACUGUACUUUUGGAGGUUGAUUUAUUGCUUCCACUGCUUAUGUUGACGAUUUUGGUGGUUCACAAAAAGACCGAUGUAAUAAUUAACAUUUUUAUGAAUAAAAGAUACUCGUUGAAAGUGAUAAAAAGACAUUGAAUCAUUGAGAGUUUAGCAAAUCUGCCGAACUAUUCUAGGUGUGUAGAUUAAUUUUUUUUAACCUGGUGCUUAUGUGACUUAUUGAAAAAUUCAAAACGGCAUUAUCCGCAAAACGGUGAAACCAUGGCAGAAUCGGGGCAGGAUACUGAUGUUGCGUUCGAUCGGAUUAUGGAAAUGGUCGGUGACGCCGGACCUUUCCAGAGGAGAUACAAUUUGAUCUUCAACACGAUCGGCGUCGUCUUCUAUUCCAUGAACAUGGUUAACGUGAUGUUAGUGUUGGCCGUGCCGGAGCAUCACUGUUUGGUCCCCGGGAAGGAACUGUACAGCAUCAUCGAUAGUGAACGGUGGUAUAAUCUGACCCUUCCGAAAACAAUCGACAGUCGUGGUGAGGUCGCCUACGAUUCCUGCACCAUGUACAACGUUUCGCGAUAUCCACCGAGGACCAACCCAGCUCGAAUGGUGUUCGGUAAAAAGGACAUCAUUCCCUGUCAACGAGGUUACUGGUACGAUCGGCAGUAUUACGGUGAAAUUCCGGUUACUCAAAAGAAUUGGGUUUGUGAAAAAGAGGUUUACGGAGUCAACAUUUUUUCCAUCACUCGCGUAGCCGAAGGAGUCGGUACGUUUGUUCUGGGACAGAUGGGCGAUCGGAUAGGUCGGCUUCCGAUUUAUAUUUCCAGUAUACUGUUGACUACCUUUAGUCGAGCCUUCUCAGUAUUAACCUUGGAUAUCUACUGGUUGUAUGCCGUGCUCGUAGGCCUUGGAAGUUUCGUGAUCAACACUGCCUUAUCAUCGUCACUGAUUGUGCUUUUAGAAAUCUCCCGAGGAGAGAGCCGAGGCACCAUUUCUCUGUGCCAACUGUUAGGAUACACCAUAGGCAAUUGCUUGGCACCGAUGAUCUUGUGGUGGUCCCGUGAUUGGGUUUGGUUCCUGCUGAUUACCAGUGUGCCCUGUGUCGUGUUUGUACUUAUCCCUUGGUACUGCAUCGAGUCUCCUAGAUGGUUAGCAACCCAGGGUCAGUACAAAAGAUGCCUACAUUAUUUGAAGAAAAUUGCAAAGGUGAAUAAAAAGGAUUUCCAACUGACUGAAGCUGAUCUUCGUGAUGAGCUGCCUGCACAAAAGGUUGCAAAGACUUACGGAUUUGUAUCACUGUUCAGUGGAUGGCACAUGACCAAGAUAUCCUGUCUGUUCAUCAUAAGUACUAUUUGUAAUUCAAUUCCGUACUUCUGCCUGUUUUUGAUAAGCUUACAAAUGGAUGGCAAUCCUUUUUUCAACGUGUUCUGGCAAAGCCUCAUCGAAUUCCCUGCAUAUUUUUGUGGUCAAGUGUUGUGCGACAGGAUUGGGAGACGAUUUUCAACUAGCGUGGCGUAUCUAGGUCUGGCCUUAACCUGCAUUCCCGUGGUGUUUAUUAUUCAGCUGCACAACGUUGAAUUAGCAGUGUUGGCAUUGACCGUCAUCAUCAAGUCGUUUGUCUGUAUAGCGUAUUUCGCGCUGUACCUGCUGUCACAAGAGAUGUAUCCUGUCUUUCUGCGGCAGACAGGAACUGCGUUUUUUGUCGUCAUCAGCAAAAUCUUCGGUGUCGUCAGUCCCUACGUAGUCUACUUGGGUACCAAUUAUGAUACUCGAUUACCAUUCAUUGUAAUGGGAUUAAUCGGCUUGAUUGGGUUUGUCUCUAGCAGCUGUCUACCAGAAACACUCCACCAAAAGCUACCGGAAACGAUGCAAGAGUGUCGACGGUUCGGAAAGAAUCAACGCUUUUGGUCAUUACCACGCAGACCUCGGAAAGACGGAGAGCGGCAACAGGACGCUAAAGGAAGCUACGAGACGGUGAGUCAACAGGAAACACUUGCACAAUCCGAAAAAGAGGAACGAAGUAGUGCUCAUGACUGAGGGACAAUAAAUCACAG